GAAGCCUUUUCCAAUCAGCAGAGAUGUAUGACUGACUCUGCUUUCCCCGUUCAGCACAGAGAUGCUUCACCUGUCUCCAGUGGAGAAGAAGCUGGAGAUGAUAUUCUUUCUUCCCUUCCUUCGUGAUCUGGGACUUCCUGGGGAUCUUUUCAUCUCUGUUCUCCUACAGAUGUCUCUGCUGCUGCUGUCAGAUAAAAGCCUCAGCAUGGCAGAAUCUCCUCUUCUGGCAGGAAUCUCAUCUUCUGUCUUUGGGACCUGGUCAAAAUGGCACCCCCCAUCAUCUCCAACCAGACAAGACAGAGCUUUGGCCAUGCCCCCACUCAGGAAGAGUCCUCUCAGAUGAUUGUCACGACAGUGAUACCUUCCAACUCAAGCAGGGCCUGGAGUAUGUUUCACAUGGACUGACACAGUCCCCUGCAUGUUACAAAGGGCAAUGAUUGCUGUCAGCGCUCUGCGUUACUUAGCAUCUCCCGUCAGUGGACCUCUGUGCACUUCACCAGCAAUUGCAAACGAAACAUCAGGCCUCCUUUGCUUCCCCCAGAACAGCCGUACUUUUAGUUGUUCUACAGUGUAGGGCUGGGACUUGUUGGGGACCUCAGGAAAAACACCAAGCAGUUUGAACUCCCAGACUCCUGCUGUUACCAUGAAAUAUGCUCUCUGAACUUCCCUGACUUCCUACAUCUCCCUCCAACCUCCCCCAUUCCUCCUGUCUGCAUGUGUCCCUUGGUCUAUAUUCAGCUACUGGUCUAUGGCUCCUAGUCUGGAGAAGGGCAAACCUGCUGGGAUACCAUGAGAAGCAACGGUCAAACUACUGGGAUUCCCCAUCCCCCUUUGAGGGAGACACCUGGGUAUCUGCAGCUGGUUUCUGGAUGUUAGGCAAAAUGAACAGUGAUGAUCUCUGCCCUACCCUGUUUCUUACUUGGACAUAAUACUAUUGAGCAUGCACUGAGCAGGCAGACAUAAAAAACCACAUCAGAUGUUGGAUGUAGUUAAUGAUUUCCAGUGUCCCAGGUGGUGCUAAGACCUGUUAUUUUGCCAAGUAAGUCAGAAGAACUGCUGUGGUUAGGAUACCUCCGAAGUAGGCAGGGCUCAGCAGAACCCCAAAGCAAGGCUGGAGCAGUGGGCACACGAGUUUGGGGGAGAGGUUUGUCACUUAGCACCCUGACCUGCCAGUCUUGCUGGAUGGAGUUCAGCCCACUCCAGUCGCGCUGUUUACACUGCCAGCCUCCAGCCUUUGCAGACAGCCCUGAACAUUAUGCAAGAAGUGCUGAAUGUGUGCGUUGCCUGUGUCACGCAGCCGUGCACGGUGGAAAUGUCACCCAGAUGCUUACUUGUGCCUGUCAGGGGGCCGACAUUAGCUGAGGAAGGUUGGCAAUUCUGCAGAUUCUGAGUGAAGCCCUCGCUUGGCAAUCAGGGCACCGUCUGAAGUAGCUUGGUGCCAUUUUCCAGCUUGCUGCAUCUCAACUUGUUUCACGGUAAAAAUGCCUGCUGGCAGUCCAGGAAGGGGGGUGCUUUAGCAGCAUCUGUGAAAACCCAUUUUGGUCUAUGCUGGAAGGACCUCCUGGAGAAACUGGCUGCAGUGGAUCAUGUCCCAGAAGAGCCCUCCAGGGUGAGGAGAGUUGUUUCCUCUGACACUCAGGUAGAAGCCAGGAGAGCCAUGCAGAAUUUGCUUAUCAUAAGCCCUUGGCACUUGUUACAAGUCAAGGGGGUAGCACUAAUGUUUUUGUGUGCUUCAUUCUUUAAAUCAAGUGCCCAAUGUGUUCAGCUGUACUUGCCUGAAGUCCCUGCAUGCCACAGCCUGUCGUUCUAGGCAGUGUUGCUUAAUAAUGGAACCAAAAUAAUAACAGAGGUGGCAUUCAAAGUCUGAAUUGAAGGGUGCUGCCAGAAAGCAAGGUCACAAAGCUAGCAAAAAGAGUUAUUGCCAAAGAGACAAGGGGGAAAGAAGGGAGAGAUUUUCAGUCCUGCUUUUGUUUGGCUGCUGCUGUGAGUAAGCACCAGUAAAGAAAACUGUCCUUAGCCUUGUCUGAGGCUAAUGAUCUGCUGCUUUAGCUGCUGUGCAUGGCAUCACGCUAAUCACCCAGUACAGAGGCUCUGUGCUUUGGGCCUGACCAAAUGGCAGUGCCCCAGCUGAGUUAGCAGCAGCGAGUUGGCUGCAGAGAUGAGAGGGAGGAGCGAAGUCCAGGGAUGCGUUGGCACAAUGUCAGGGGGGGUCCAAGCAUUUAACAGGGGAUGUUUGAGCCUUGCUUCAGCUGGGGAAUCAUUUGGGUUUGGCAGUCAAAGGCAGGUCAGUGCAGCACUGGCCACAUCACUGUUGGCACACCUGACCCAGGCUAGCCUCAGGGGCCGUCUGCCUUGGGUGUGACUAUUUUGGGAAGAAUACGUGAUAUAAAAAUGCAGCAAUUGGUCUUGCUUGCCUGAGGAGUCCCUGAUCAUGGAUUAAUUAUUCUUCUGUCUCACUCUCCCCAUCUCCUGCAGUAUUGGUAUUCUGCUCUCUCCAAUUGGAGCAGUGUCCUGGAGUGCAGAGGGGGAGCUGGCACUGCUCCCCUGUCAGGAAGGAAUUGUGCAGGCCUGAGAGACAACAGUUCUGAGUUCGAGUAGCAAGUUACCACCCGGGAGGGCAGUGGAGCUUUGCGAGCAGCUGUAAUCAGUCCAGGGAGCCUGGGAUGAGGAGCCAAGCAAGGUAUUAGUAUUCAAAAAGAACUGUCAUAGCCCAACACUUUGCAUCUGUGCACAAUAGAAAGUAUCACAAUGCCGAGCCAGGAAUGGAGCUUUUUCACCUACUCCGAUUUGAUGAGCAGCUUCUGUUCAAAGAGCCUUGCCUCUUUAAGGGAGCGAUGCUUAAAAACAUGCUGUGGUUGUUGGACCAAAGAACCCGCACCACGGUUGUGUGACACCUAAAGGGGGCUUUAAAGCGGAGGAGGGAGAAGAGCCUGAGUGACAGAGAGACUCGCACACUGAAAGGGCCUUUGCAUUGUGAAGCCCUGCCAGUGACAUCACUGUUCUUUCCUUUAUAAAACAGGGGACUUUAGGAGUCUGCAUUCAGUCUCGGCUCAGGCUGAUGAGCCUAUCAAUGCUGAACACGCUCACAGUUUACCCCCGCUUGUGUCCCUGCUUUCAUCCCCCCUUUUUUUUUCUCACCCUGGCCAUUGUCCUUAUGCUGGAAACAGGAGGUAGUGCAUGGGAGUUGACAGCUUCUUCAGCCUGUCAGCAAGGAGGAGUUCUCCAACUGCGAAAGGACACAGCUCCUGCCAUGGAUUUUCCCAGGGUAGAAAUGGAAGGUGGCACGAACAAGACAAUCUUGUCCUUAAUGAGCCAUAAAAGGAACUUGACAUAUUCACGCUACUACCAGCACUCCCCUGCAGUGGCUGCCAUCUAUAUCAUUGCCUACGUGUUCAUCUUCACCCUGUGCAUGGUUGGGAAUGGCUUGGUGUGCUUCAUCGUGCUGAAGAACAGCCGGAUGAGGACCGUCACCAACCUCUUCAUCCUCAAUCUGGCUGUCAGCGACCUGCUGGUGGGGAUUUUUUGCGUGCCCACUACCCUGGUGGACAAUCUGAUUACAGGUUGGCCCUUCAGCAACGGAGUCUGCAAGAUGAGUGGGCUUGUACAGGGCACGUCUGUCUCCUCCUCUGUGUUCACGCUGGUGGCGGUUGCGGUGGACAGGUUCCGCUGCAUCAUCUACCCCUUCAAGUCCAAGCUCAGCCUGCUCACAGCCCUGAACACCAUUGCCAUCAUCUGGGUCCUAGCCAUCACCAUCAUGUGCCCAUCUGCUGUCAUGCUCAUGGUGGCACAGGUGGAGGAUCACUACAUUGUCUAUGGCCACAACCAGAGCCUGGCCUCCCCCCUGUACUCCUGCUACGAGGCCUGGCCCAACAGUGAGAUGAGGAAGGUCUACACAACUGUCCUCUUUGCCCACAUCUAUGUGGCCCCCUUGACCCUGAUCAUGGUCAUGUACGGCUGGAUCGGGAUCAAGCUCUACAAGUCGUCAGUCCUGGUGAGUCGGCACCGGGUGGAGACCCAGGAGCGUAGCGGUGCUGCCGUCUCCCGACGCAAGGUCAAGGUCAUCAAGAUGCUCAUCCUAGUGGCCCUGCUCUUUAUGUUGUCUUGGCUGCCCCUGUGGACACUGAUGCUGCUCACAGACUAUACCCAGCUGGAUGAUGCCCAGCUCCAGCUGCUGACAGGCUACAUCUUCCCGUUCGCACACUGGCUGGCCUUCUCCAACAGCAGCGUCAACCCCAUCAUCUAUGGCUACUUCAACGAGAACUUCAAGCGGGGCUUCCAGGCCGCUUUCAAGUUCCAGCCCUGCUCCCACAAGAUGGGGCCUCAUGAGGCCUAUUCUGAGAGGCUGACUGCCAGCACCACUGGCUUCGGGACCCGCAACAAGGUCUUCACCAAUGGCGAGUCCUCCGACUUCCUCUGCCUCAAGACCCUGCCUGCCAAGGGGCUGUGCCCAGCACAGAAUGGACAGGCCCAGACACUGGGACUUCCCCUGGAGAAUAUCAGCAAAAUCACCCCCCUGAGCAAAGUCUGCAAAGCCUGGGAUGCGUGAAGCUUGUGGCUGGAUGGGAAUGACUUCAUGUCAGGAGUGUUUUUGUCUCUUUCCACCGGCAAAUGCUGGGUGUGUUUGCUGCUGUGACGUGUUUGCUGUGGGCAGUGUCUCCCUACCAGAGCUGGGUCUCUCGUAUGCCACAUCCCAUUUGUAAAUGCAAGGCAAACCACAUGGGCGGUUGUUGUUCAUUAUUCCAACUAAUGCACACGAGGCUUUGUCAGCCACUUCCAGUGUCUAGCAGAGACCAACUGAGCAUGCUGUAUCAAAUGUCUGUGUCAUUAAAGCUAUUGUUC